CUUCCUUCCAUCAAAUGAAAUUCCUGAAUUUCACACAGCAAAAGGAAAAUGCGCCAUACGCAAAACCCUAACCAUUUUUUGAUUUCGUUUUAGACCCACCAAACCAAUCAUUCACUCACUACCCUCAAUUCCUCUCUUAACUUAUUUGUCUUUCAUUUUUCUCCUAAAGUCACUUCCUUUCGCCUUUUUUCUCUUCUGGAAAGUCACUCUUUUUCCACAAGGGUGUGUGUUUUUUCUGUGUCGUGUAAAUUUGCAGGUGAAGAAGGCCCUCUUUGGGUACGGUGAUUUUGUGGGGGGUGUGAUUAGUUCUCUUCUGAUGUUUUAUUUCCAAUCACUGUUUCAAUCAUCACCUGCUAAUUUUCUGUCACUUAGGCCUCCUUUCUCCUACUCAAUUUCCCAUGUUUUUCUCCCCUCUGAUGUGUUCUUCAUAUGCUGCUUCAAUUGCCUGAGAUUUCGUCUCAAAAUUUGAUGUUGUGUUCCAGAGGGGAGGUUCUGGUUGCUGUCACUGUGAAUCACAUCUAGUUUUCUUUGGUGAGGAGUAAGAAAGAUAAAAGAGAAAGUAAGUGUGUGAGAUAGAGUUUUGAGGAUGGGAGAGCGUUGUAGACAUUUUUCCAUCGAGGAAUUGCCAUCACAUUUGGUUUUAGAAAUUCUCUGCUCAGGCAGGCUCAGCGCAGUGGACCUUGUUUGUUUUGAAUUGACUUCCAAAACUUUUGGUGGUAGUCAUGGUUUGUACCCUUUCAAGUUUAAGUCCUUGGUUGACUUUGCUGCAUUUCAAUUGUGUGCCUCCCAUGUUACCUAUUCUAGGAUGGGUUUGAAUUCUCAGAGGGAGUUGUAUGAUAGAUGUGGUGGAAAUUGGAAGCGAGUUUUGAGGUUCUUGCAGUCUGUGGAACAAUCCUCUCAGAUGGUCGAGACAUCAUCAGGCAAUAUGCAAAUAACAACUGGAAAGUAUCACACCUUGUUGAUCAGCAAUUCUUCUGUCUAUUCUUGUGGUUCUCAUUUGUGUGGUGUACUUGGUCAAGGGCCUGAAACAACACAAUGUGUAGCAUUUACUCGGAUUAAUUUCCCACAUUUGGCACGUGUGGUGCACGUUUCAGCCUCCUUUAACCAUGCAGCUUUCGUUACGCAAUCAGGAGAGGUAUUCACGUGUGGAGAUAAUUCAUCUUCUUGCUGUGGGCAUAGAGAUUCAAACCGACCAAUUUUUAAGCCAUGCCUUGUUGAAACCCUGAAGGGGAUUCCUUGCAAACAGGUUGCAGCGGGGCUAAACUUCACAGUCUUCCUCACCAGACAAGGUCAUGUUUAUACAUGUGGAACCAACACACAUGGCCAACUUGGUCAUGGUGACACUCAGGACAGACCAACCCCCAAAAUGAUUGAAGUCCUUAGUAAUGUUGACCCUGUUGUUCAGAUUGCUGCUGGACCCAGCUACAUUUUAACCGUAACAGAAAAUGGAACAGUAUACUCCUUUGGAUCAGGUGCUAAUUUCUGUCUUGGCCAUGGUGAGCAGCACAAUGAGUUUCAACCACGUGCUAUACAGAAAUUCAGAAGGAAAGGUAUUCAUAUUGUCCGUGUAUCUGCUGGGGAUGAGCAUGCAGUGGCACUUGAUUCAAAUGGAUUUGUAUACACAUGGGGCAAGGGAUACUGUGGUGCUUUAGGCCAUGGGGAUGAGAUUGAGAAAACAACUCCAGAGAUGUUAACUAGUCUCAAGAAUGAAUUGGCUGUUCAGGUCUGUGCAAGAAAGAGGAAAACAUUUGUUCUAGUUGAUUCUGGUUCAGUAUAUGGCUUUGGUUCAAUGGGAUUUGGAAGCCUCGGAUUCCUGGAUAGAAGGGUAUCUGAUAAAGUAUUGAAACCUCGAAUCUUAAAUACCUUGAGAGGUCACCAUGUUUCUCAAAUUAGCACUGGCUUGUACCACACUGUUGUGAUCACUAGCAGGGGACAGAUAUUUGGCUUUGGAGACAAUGAAAGAGCACAACUUGGUCAUGACACAUUAAGAAGCUGCCUUGAACCAACUCAAAUUCUCAUUGAAGAUAAUACUUCUGAAGAUGUAGAAACCAUCUAAGGCUCCAAAGGCAAUCACCUCUUUUAUGUGUGGUUCUGGUAUAUCAGUUACCCAACUUUUCUAGAAUCAUAUUGAGCACUACUGAUUCUAUAUAUCUAUAUCUAUAUAUAUAU